AUGUCGACGCCGAUGGUAUUCGUCGCGCGCGUCGUCGCGUCCACGCCCGCGUCGACGCGUCGCGGGACGAGCGAAUGGCGAAUGAUUCAUCGCCGACGCGGUGGACGCGAACGAUCGCGCGACCGCGCUUCGGGGAGCGAUGGACGGCGCGGUGAUGGGACGCACGCGCGCGCGUGGCGUGGCGUUCGCGACGACGGCGCCGCGAGCGCGGUGCGGUGGACGGUGGACGCGGGCGGGGGGGCGACGGGAGUGAUGAGGCGCGCGGGACGCGGCGCGGGCGCGCGGCGCGGAGGACGAGGCGCGACGACGCGGGUGGCGAACGAUGCGGGCGAUCGAUCUGGGAUCGACCCGGGGGUGGAUGAGGGGACGGGCGUGCCGGGGACGGCGUCGUGGUUGUUCGAGGAGGAUAAGAAACGGGCGCGAAGCGGCGACGCGGAGGGCGCGCAGCGCGUGCGCGAAGGCGUGUCGACGUGGCACAAACAGGAGCGACACGCGGGGCAUUACUUGUCGAAACCGUACGCUGUCUAUCGCAUCAACGCCACGGGUGGACGAAUGCCGUAUAAGCAAAUAUUGACGCGUCGGGAGUUGCUCAGGGAUACGGAUCUGUCGCCGCGAGACUUGCGUCGAAUCGAUCCCACGCUCGGGCAGACGAACAACACGCCCGCGGUUAUCGUUCGCGAGGACUCCGUCUUGGUGAACCUCGGUGUGCGCAUCAUCAUUUGUGCCGAUCACGCCCUGAUCUUGGAGCCGGACACGAUGGCCUCGGUGAACUUCCUCGAGUCCUGGACGCAGCGCGUCCAGGCUGCCUCGAUGCCGGGCUCAAACGCGGACGGCAUGGAGGUGCUUCCGUUCGAGCUCGUCAUGGUCGAAGCCGCGCUUCAGGAGACGUGCGGGCAGUUAGAGAAUAGAUUAGAGCACUGCACGCGCAGAUACCGCUCGCUCGAGCGAAAGCUUCAAACGGGACUCGAGAGGACGACGUUUGAGGAGAUGCGUUUCAUGAAACAAGCCAUCGUGCAGCUCGAGUCGCACGCGUCCGCGGUGCGAGACGAAUUGCUCGAGACGCUCGACGACGAGGACGACGUGGAGCGCAUGACGCUCUCUUCGAAAGCCACGGGCGAGGCGAAGGAGGUCGAAGUCGAGGAGGUGGAAAACCUGCUCGAGUACUACGUGCAACAGACGGAAGCCGUGCACGGCGCCACCGAGGCGCUGCUCGAGAACACGAGAGAUCUCGACGAGUCCAUCUCCGUGACCUUGUCGGCGCGAAGACUCGAGGUGAGUAAGAUCGAACUCAUGCUCUCCAUCGCCAGCUUCGCCGCCGCCAUCGCCGCCGUCGUCACGGGCGUAUUCGGGAUGAACCUCACGUCGACGUUCGAGGCGAGCGUCGUCGCCUUUUACCUCACCACCUCCCUCUUGGUCACGGGAUGCGUCGGCAUCUCCGCCUGGCUCUAUCGUCUGUGCAGACGACGUAAUAUUUUAUAA